CAGAUUAGAUUAUUGGCUGCGAAGAGCCACGGACACUUUGUGCCCUGAUGGGGGACUCAGGAUCCAGACGAUCGACUCUAGUAUCUCGGUUGCCAAUAUUCAGGAGAAGUAUUAGCCGGAGACACGACUCCCUACCUUCCUCACCUUCUUCUGCUAAUGCCAUUGGUGUCCAUACCUCCUCUCCAUCCAGCACUAACUCUAGCUCAGGGAGCACAGGCAAGCGCCGGAGUAUUUUCCGCACUCCUUCCAUUAGCUUCCAUAACAAGAAAGGGAGUGAGCAGAAGCCUGACUCAGCUAGUCAAAAUGUUAAUAUCUCAAAUGGUGCCCAGUCCUCUCUUGACACUUUUCAAAAACUGAACUUAGAGGAACACAUUAAAAGCAGAGGAAGGCAUUCAGUUAGCUUUGGCAGCUCACGUAGCAAGAAGAUAACAAGGUCUUUGACAGACGAUUUUGAAAAGGGAAAGGAGCCCUCAGCUAAUAAGAAUGUGUUUAUAAAUUGCAUAAGCUCUGGGAAGAAUGAGGGUGAUGAUUCAGGCUUUGCAGAAGAGCAGAGCCGGUACUCUGUCAAACAAUCCACACGGAAACUUCUCCCUAAAUCUUUUUCAUCACACUACAGAUUUUCCAAACCAGUUCCGGAGAGUCAAUCAGUUACCUCUGUGCAGCAGUCCAGGUGCUUGCUGGAGGUUAAAUCAUAUGCGGAAAGUGAACCUGUGAUCACCAAGUCCUCUCCUCCAUGUUCGGCUGAGACGACAGAGUGCAUGGGAAGCUCCUUGCAGUCCCCGCUGCUCUCAGCUGACCUCACGGCUGCCCAGACCCCCUCUGACUUCGUUGCCCUGACGGAGGAUUCUGUUUCAGAUGUUGACGCUCUUCCCAGCAACGGGACUGGGGUGCUGCUCACAGAGGAUUUUGGCCACAAUGUCUCUACCUCUCAGAUCUUCUUUAAUCCUGCUGCUGCUCCUGUGAGGGAAAUGGAUAUUGUGGAAAGUACUGGCCAUUCUGCUGGUGUAUCUCCUGUGAGUCAUGCAAGCUCGUGUAGUGUUGAAAAUAGUACCUUAUUCAAAACCUCAGCUGCUAAUCAAACAAAAGUAUUGUUGCAAGCCAAUGAACUACACAUGAAUGAUGCCAGGCACAUAGGAGAAAUUAACUCAGCAAAUGCACAUUUAGAAACCUUUGCGUUACAGCGUAGAGAAGAACCAGUGAUACUGUCUUCAAAAGCACAGGGUUUGAGUGGGGACAGGAAUGAAAGCACGCCGUCCAAGCACACGAGAGAGACAAUUCCUGUAACGGAGUCUAAGAAUGUUCCAUGUUCUGAACCUCAGUCCUUUAAAACACAACAGGGUUAUGAAACAAACCGUUCUAAAGCUGAUCUUGCCAAUAGCUUCAGUCCAUACCGAGAAGGCAGAUUUGUUGAGAAACGACUGAGAUCCUCUUCAGAAGGUACUGCUGGAGGCAGUCGGCUGAUCAUAAAACCAAAGGAUGGAAAUGCAGAAGAGCUUAACAGCCUACGGAAGCAGAGAGCAAGCUCAUCCUCUUCAAAAAUGAACAGCAUGGAUGUUUUGAAUAACUUGGGUUCCUGUGAGUUGGAUGAAGAUGAUCUAAUGCUUGACUUGGAGUUCCUAGAAGAACAUCACCAUCGUUCUGUUUGCCGGGAAGACUCGUACCAGUCGAUAGUCUCAUGUGCUGCUGUAGUACUUACCCCUGUAGAGCCGACAGUGGAUACAAGGAAAAAAGAACAGACAAUAAUGCCUGAUGUGUCUAAACAGAACUUAUCUCUGAAGCUGUCAAAGGAUGUAGACCAAGGAGAAGCCAGGUACCCUCGUGUUAGCCAGCUGGCUGGCAGCCCAUCCAUGGAGUGGCCUUUUACUGGUCUGGAAGAAGGUGGAGGCAUGGAAUCUUUGCCCUUCAGACUGAUGUUGCAAGAUUGCACAGCAGUAAAGACAUUGCUUCUGAAAAUGAAGAGGGUUCUUCAAGAGAGUACAGACAUGAGUCCAGCUAGUAGCACCACAUCACUCCCUGUUAGCCCUCUUCCUGAGGAGCCAUUAUUUUUCAAGGAUGGAAUAAAAGAUGAAUGCUCAGUGCUGAAGGUGCAGCUGAAAGAGAGAGAUGAACUCAUAGCCCAACUUCGUGAGGAGCUGGAAAAGGCUCAGUGCUUUCAGAAGGCUCUUGCUUCCCAAGCAGAUAAAUCCACGCAGACAGACCUCGUAGGCCAUGAUGGCACAGCAUUUGGAAGUGCUCCUGUACCUUCUCGCAGGCAAUUAUUCUGUGUAAUCGUACCACCGUGUGAAGGCAAUUCCCCACAUCACCAGGCUACAUAUCCAAACAGAAUGGUGAGCCAAAAUCUCAGCACAAGGGACAGAAAGUCAGCACAUACUCCCACCGAGGACCCUUUUAGAUACUCAUCAGGCAACCAAGCAACAACCUAUGAAACCAAGAGCUGUCAGCUGUCUAAUUUGUGUCUGAGCAACCUCCUAAAAGAGAAGGAGAUCGUGGAAGUCAUCAAGCAUACUAGAGGCACAUAUGAAACCCUUGCUUCAGAGGUCACCCAGAAUGGUUUGGCCACCACAACACCAAGUACAACAAAGCCAGCAUCUAAGGCAGACAGCUACCCAAUAUUCUCAGGAGCUCCAAAAGACCAAACUGCUGUGCCUCGGCAGCAUACGACUUUCACAGGGAGACUUGGACAGCCUCCAAGAGGACCCAUCUCUUUACAUACAUAUAGCAGAAAAAAUGUCUUCCUCCACCACAAUUUACACACAGCAGAGCUACAGACUUUAGGUCAACAAGAUGGGUAACAAGGUGCUUGUAUUCUGGCCAUGGAAGGAGAGUUGAUUAAAGAGGAACAUAAACUUACCCAGAGCUCAGUCUUCAGUUUGCACUUGCUGCUACUUUCAUCUGAAAAAAAUAAAGUAAAAAAUUAACAUUGUCUGCAGGUUCCAUACUUUCCCAACUGAGACUGUGGCAAAAGGGUGAACCAGAUUGUUAAAUAACUAGAUUGAUUUGUCAUACAAAAGUCAACAACGGGUAUAAAAGAUGCGACCAUUUGGCUGUCAUUGCUAGUCCAGUAUUGGCUAAAUGUAUCAAUAUUUUUUCCUCUAUAAGCCACUGUCUUUCCCUGAAGUUCUAGAACAUGAUCUUAAAUAAUACUGUGUAUGUUUAAUAAUGUUACUGUUAAAGUAGAUGUGAGAAAUGAAUAGAUAAGUAAUUAGUAAACCCUCUUGAAUUUCAUAGAGACUAAGGAAAUGAGUCAGAAAUCUUUGAGAACCCUCUUUUUACACUUUUUUUUUUUUUUUUUUUUUUUUAAAUACAAUGAAAUUUGCUCACUUAUAGAGGUGUGUUACUGUUUCCUGCUGUAUGUACUUUAUGGAUGCUUCAUGCCACGAGUAGAGAAAGUGACUGAUUUUCCUCUAACAGCAAGGUUCAUAGAGGCUCACCAGAUAUUUGAGUCAGUAAUUGGGUCCCAAACAGAGGAUGUCAUCUUGGUUCCUCAACCUUAUCUUCCUUCUCCCCACCUUUAUUUAACUACAUUUGUUCAAAUGUUUUUGUUCUAUAGGACAUGCUAAGUUGUGAUGAAGUUUGUGCUUUAGAGGCACUGCAUCACACAUGACACAAUGUGACAUUUUAUGCUAUGUAAUGCAUCAUAUAAUCUCAGUUCACUUCCCAAACCAAAAAUGGGUGAAAGACUAAAAUAUGAGAGAUUGUUUUAUUAGCCAGUCCAGAUUACCUGUGUAAAUCGUAAUUUCUGUAGUCUGUAUCAUCUGCAGUUAAUGAUCUGGUUUAUACCAACUCAGCAGGUUUGCUAGUCUUGAAAUGUUACACACAUGUGAGAUGAUCUAAUGCUACUUAACGUACAGCAUACUGGUCUCAUGGGAAUAUGAAAUCAUUUGAUCACACCACAGAACUUGUAGACUUGUCAGUAACAAAAGAUCCUCUUUUCCCCUUUCAGAGGGCUUGAAAACGGGCAUCUCGGUCAUGUUACUCUAAACAUGUGGCAUAUACUAAAAAUGACACUUAGUUUACAACCUCUCUGAUGGAGGAUAAUGUUUGAAUGAUAAUAAGACAUAUAGUUAGCAGUUUAUAAAUAAUCUGGCACAUGAAGUAUGAUUGAGGCAGAUCUGAGACAAGUCACCUCUCUCUUUAACUGGUGAUUAAUAACAAGACAAGGGCACAUUCUCACACAAAGAAACAAAUCAGUGUGACUUAACUGAAGUAGCAUAUAAUGAAAAAUUAAGCUUCUGUAGCCACCAAAAAUGUUGUAACUUUUAAAAGGUAAGUCACAUAGGGCAUAUAAAAUUAAUUAGUGAUACAAGUUUUACCUUGUGUUAAAUAUAUCUGCUUAACUACUUAAUAUUCAGAUUAAUACAAGGAUUGCUUAGAUCAAGAAAAAAAAAAUUAGACCAUGAGCUUGGCAGAUAUUCUGCAAAGCCAUUUCAGAAGCCUGAACUUUCAGGAUUCUGAUUGUUGAGGAAUUUAGUUUGGUUAGAGCAAAUUUUAUGACAUUAUCUGAUGUUGAAGAGAGCAGGUUUUGUCUAAAUAUUCUGUAGUGGUAAUUUUGGAUAUCCAGAGCUGGAUGCAUAAGAAUCAAGACAAACAUUUGCCAAAACUUAUUUGAGUUCACGUAUGCGUUGCUACUGCCAAAACAGAAUGUGUAAAAAUUGAAGACAAAAUGACCGAAUUAACUAUGGUUAUUCAAGAAUCCUAGUUCUGCACUGAAACUCAUAGUUUAAAGUCUACCAAAAAAGUUAAAACCAGUAGUAAUAGAAUUUCACUACUCAGAAUUGCAUUUUCAUCUGAGCAAUCUCUUAGUCAUGGUAGACUGAAGGGACAGUUAAUUCUUAUUAACAAUACAUUUCAGUCUUGUUCAUCUCGAGAGUUGAUGUAUGCAAUUAUAUUUCAGAUCUGUAAAUAAAUUAACAUAUACUGUAAUCAAGGAAUUUUUUUUCCAGGAUACAAAUGUACUAUACUACAUUUAAAAAACAAACAAAAAAAAACCAUUAAAAAAACACAACAAAACUCUUCAAUUUUAACUUAUGUACUGUAUCUAUAGUUAUUUUUUCCUGGAAAAAUGGACUUUUGGGUUACACUUUAUUAAAAAAAGUCCGUCUAUACAUUUCAAAAAGAACAUUUUAAAUGCUACUAUUUUCUUGGAGAAUCUUUUAUAAAGCUGAAACUUAAAAAAGCUGGAGAAAACAGUUCAGUUAAAGUGAGGGGUAUUUUUAAAAUGUCAUCUUGAAGCUGUUUUGUAUCAGUAUUUUCAGCAUUGUUAGGUUAUUUGUAAUACUAAGUGUAAAUCUCACCCAGAGAAGGGUAUUAGCCACAUGUUAAUGUACAGUACAGCAGUAACUGUAAAACAGAGGUCCUUUAAUCCUCUUGUGUAUAUAGUAAAUCAUAAAGCAACAGCAUGUGGACAUUCUUGCAGUGAAUUGAUUCCUUUGUACUAAAAAUCUCUAGUUUUUUAAGAGUUCCAUGUAUAAAAUGAUUUAUACAUUUCUCCAAGGCUGUACAUAUCCAAAGACAUGACACCAGGGGGAAAAGGCACUUAUUAAUUUUUUCACAGAUGUACCUUUUUCCUUUUUUAAAAAUAUGUUUCUGUACAACAAAACAACUGUAAAAUUUCUGCUGAAAAUUACUUCUUGUUACUUUCAUAUCACUGGUGUGAUAGCGGGCAUUUUAAGGAUGAGGUAAUCCCCAAAGAAAAGCUGUUUCCAUUUGAUGCAAUGUCCCAUUUUUUGAAACAAUCACUUGACAGAAGAAACACUAGAUCUGUGCCCUAAAUAUUUUUUAGUAAUUUAAUAGAGCCACACCUGAAAUGGUUUAUCAUCACUAGACUUAUCAUUGCUUCCCUUAAAGAGUGCUUCUACAGGAUAUGUUUAUAAGAUACAAUAACAUGGUAGGGCUAGCCCUGGUCAUAAACUUGUCUGGUACUGUUCUUAUGUUUAGCUUUCAGAGCAGUGGAAAGGUUUUUUUUGGUAUACUUUGUGCACAUAAAUGAAGUUCAAUCUGUGUGCUUCUGCAUAACGGAGGAACAAGUCUUACUACAAACCUCCUCUCUAUUUAGGCUAUUUAGCAGCAUCUGAAAGCAUCCUGCAACAUAAAUUUCUGCAACCUUUUCAAGACAGGCCAAACCUUUUUACAUAAAAUGAAACAUAUGAAAUAUAUUAAAUAGAUUAAUUCUUUUCAAUCCAGACUGUUAUAUUUAUCUUCAUUGCUUUUCAUUUCAAAACACACACAUCCACACAGAAGUGCUUUCCUUACAUUUUUUUUUUUCCUGGAAAUUUUGAGACAGAGUAUAUCAAGACUAAGAUGUUCACAUGAGGUUUAGAUAAGCAUAUGAAAACUUGCCUAGGAUAUUCAUGUUUGUUGUACAAGUUCCUUGCAAUCACUGCCUAAAAAUUGGUAUUUUUCCCUUUCCUAAAAGCCAGUUUGGAAGUAGUGAUUUCUGCCUGUGCUGAUACGCUUUAUACUGUUAGAUACACAGUAUACUCUGCAAACUAAUAAAAAUAGGCUAUUUACAAAUCAACACUGUGGUUUACAUGCCAGAAAUGAUGUGCCAUGUCUCCAGUGGUUUCACUGGUAAAACACUGACUUCGAUUAGACUAUUCUAAUAAGUCAGUCACCAGAUGAUUGGAAUCGUGGCCUUUGAUCCAACUAGUUUAUGAACAGGAGAUCUCUGAAUUCAGAAACCUUUCCUGGUUUACAGAAAAGACAAGAGAAGGUUUGACCUCGUAAAAAUACCAGUUCACAAGUUAUAGUGAAUGUGCUUUUUCUUUUUUUCCUUGAUGUUUGAAAGCAAAAACAAAAUCCCUGCAAAACUCUUCAUGCAUCUACGUAGGUCGUAAAUGAAGUCCAGUAGAGUAAAAGUGACCUCUAACAAAACUUUGAAAUAAAUACCUGAAGCAAAAAAUCCAGGGGAGUCUUCUUACAGAUGUUUGUAGUUGUCCAAAAGCUUAAGUUCUGUGUCUGAGCGCAUUAAAUGAAAUAUGUCCCAUUGGCCCUUUUCUUCCACUCUCCCUAUUAACUUUUUUUUUUUUUUCUGGAGGAGAAUUUGCUGUUUAAAGCUUGUUCCAGAUACAGUAGUCAGUGCAGAGUGAGAAAGUACAUUGAAAGUAACGGUGAAAGUCUUCUCCCAGCUUGGAGAAAUACACAGCAUAAUUUGCAGGCUGUAUUUUAGUGUUCUCCGGUCAGCAAGAAGUUGGCAGAGAUCCCUCAGGAGAACAAGCUCAAAUUAUGCAGGCCAUGACUGCCUUUAAGUGGAGUUUACUCUAACAUGUCUUAUAUAAGACACUUCUAAGAUAAUUUGGAAAUUUCAGCAGCAGCAGAACGUAUCUUGCUGAUAUUUAUCUUUUUUAAAGAUAAAAAUGCUCCAUGCUAUUUCUAACCUAGUAAACUCUGUUUGAAUAUUGCUUCCUCACUGAUGAUCUGUGCAGGUUGUUAGAGUAUAUCCACUGUGAUGCAUAUGAUACUAACUCCUCAUGAUAUAAAAGACACUGGUUAUCUGUCCUCUCUGAGGGGCUUGAGAUUUGCAGUGUAUUUUCAGUCUAGGGGAACUGUCUGGAUUUAAUUAUCUUCUUCCAGGAUCUUCAGUUUUUGCAAAGUUAAUGGCAAAGAAUCUUACUUAUUGAAAUACUCUGGAAAUGUUUUAUAGUUAUUUUUUUAAAAAUUUAUUUAAAAUGUCUCUCUGUAUCUAAAGAAAAAGGAAAAAAAAAAUUAAAAAGUAAUUUUCAUCAGCAUAAAUUUCCUAUAAUUCUGAGCUUCUCAGUAGCAACAGCUGUCACUUGCAUUUUCUACAGCUGUGAAAUAUUUUUGGACUUAGCAUUUUUAUUACCUUCAUUACCAGCAACUCAUUACCCUAGUUAUGGGGUUCUUUUUCCCUCACUCCUGUACUUGAAACACACAGGGAGAACUAUUGAGGAUAUCUGCAGAAAUAAUCCUGGUCCUAUGAAAGCAGGGCAACAAUAAAUUUACCUGAAGGUCUCUGAUUCCUGGGGAUAGGAAACCUAUUCUGAUUGGUCUUAACUGAAAGAUUUGUGAGAAUCUGAUGGAUGUGGCAAGUGUCAUAGCUGUUGGUUUUCCAAGUCCAUAUAGAGCUUAUAGAGCAGAAAAUACUCCACUGUGAAGAUUUUUCUAGUGUACAAGUAAUAUCUCCUUAUAUUUUGUAUUGUGAUCCCUGCUGUGUCUCUCUUGAUUUCAGAAACAUUCCCUUUACAUAUGGCCUUGUGCUGACUAUGUAGACAGGUUGCACCACAGUGUCAGUUCAGCUUUAAGAAGGCUUCACUGGAUUUUUUAAAUAUUUGAUCAUCAAAGUAUUUAAUAUUUUCUCCUAGAACUGUUGUGUACUGCUAGAGUUGUAAGUGGUACAUUCACAGAAAAAAUAUCACUUCCUAACUGGAGGCUUCAACUCUCUUGGUGAGUUGUGAUUACAGCUGAUUUACAUCUACCCAAAAAAGACUCUCAAACUAACUUAAGCACCUGUAUAAACAAAUACAUUGCCUGACUUGAUCCUGCUUUUAUCACAUUGAAAAAGACCUAAUAGGGUAGUUUUUAAAUGUAUAUGGAUAUCAACAGUAGUAGUAGAAUUUUAAUUUAUUUUGAUUUUUCGAUUAUGUCAAUGCACUUUAUAUGAGGGCUUAAUGUGAACUACAAAUUAGCUUGUAUUCUUUUUCCUACCUAAACUUGAUUUCAACAGGGUUCAGAAUUCUCUGCUUAACUUCAAGCAUGUGAACAAUCCCAUCAAAGUAAAACAAUCAAAUCCUGCUUAUUUGAGAAGGUAAAAAACAAAUAAUAUUUUUUCUAACAUAAACAGCUUCAUUCAUAUUUAUUGUUUAAAAGGUAUGAUGUAUAAAAAGUAUUUUUACUUAUAUCUACAUAUAAAACCCCAGAUAAGGAGAAAAGAUAAGAAACAGCCUUCCCACUCAAGUCCCUUGUCCAGGUAUACCAUCUAACUUGCCUUUCAAAAUCAUUAAUUUAAAAAAAAAAAAAAAAAAUUUCUUUUCCAUGGUUAUGAGUGCGAAAAAAUAUAAAUGUUUUUGUACAUACUCUACAGAUUGUGUGUAGGUAUGAUCAAUAUUACAAUGAGAAUAUAAGCAAUCAAAGUCCUUAAGCAGUGAUGCAUCUGAUGCUGUUUAAGCAAGAGGGUCAACAGUAUAUGAAAUUGUGUGUAAGUGGAGAACAGAGCUGGGAAGAAUCUAAUGCAAGGGUAAUGGGUGGCAGGUUGAUGGCUUUUUUUCUUUUCCAGGGGUGGUGGUGCAUAGCCAUUUUCUGUGAAAUACACUGAAGUAAUAUUUAUAAAAUAAAUCUCUUGGAAUAACAAGAAAUGAGAUAAAAUGAUCAUGUAACACCGCAAAGUAUGUAUCAGGGUACUUCAAUAUUUUGAUCAAACAGCGAGUGAAUUUACAUCUUUUUAUUACCAGGGUGUUAUCUUUAUCUGCAGGAUAAGUGUAAGCAAAAAACCACAAUUGCAUUGUAACUAUUGAGACAAAAAAAAAAAAAGAUUGUAUCCCUAAAGCCUUGCACUUUGUGUAGUCAUUUCUAACUAUCUGAAGUAGGUUUAUAUAAUUGUGUGUCAUGCAGCCAUGGUAAUGUCCUUAUGCUAGAUAUUGACAUACUCUAAACAGUAAGGAAACAUUAAAGGGACUCAUGACCCAGAUCCUACGCCAAGAAUUGCGUUUAGUUAAUAGGGUCACAGUUUUGCUUUUCCUUUCCAAUGAAGGAUCACAUUCUUUUGAGAAGUCUUUUACACAAAUACGUCCACAAACAGUUUAGCCUAUGAGAAAUUCAAACUGAGUUAAUAAGAAUUAAAAUUGGGCCAACUCUGACUAUUUUUGGAAAAUGUACCUGUUUUAAUAAUGACAAUGGCCAUUAGAGAGCUUUAGGCAUUUUUUUUUUUUUUAACAGAAGUGUUCUUCUUUAUGUAUUAAAAUUUGACUUUGUAUCAGAUAAUUUUGUCAUUGUGGUGUUCUUGAUGAGUAUCCUGCUGAUCAGAAUGGUAUUUUUUUUUAAACUGCUGACCACUAUAAAAAUUGAAGAACUAAUAAGACACUGAUUUUUGUAUUAUAUGCUACUAAACAUCCAUUUAAUUUCAAUAACAGUACACUGCAAAGCCAGUUGUUAUAUAAUAUUGAAAACAAUUUUUAAAGUAUAAUUGGUAAUACCGUACAGAUUACCUGAAUUAGAGGCUUUAAAAGGGUAACAAAGAAGAGAAAAGGAGGAAAAUAUUCACUUGAAGAUUAAGUAUAAAUAAUGCACUGCUGAAAAAUAUUGAAAAGAUUACAGUUCUACAUGAGGCAAUGGAAAGCUUUUACACUGAACAUACUCUAGUCCAGGAUUUCCCUUUGAUGAUUUAGAUAGUAACUUAAAUUUAAAAACAAAGAAAUGAAAAUAUUUUUUUUAAGAGAUAACACACUAAAAAAGGCAACUUAAAAAUAAUCUUGGAGCAGAAUUUACAAUAGUGAAGAUAAUUGCCCCAAGGCACCUAACUUUCAGUUAUGUUCUGAAUAGGAAGCUGUAAAAUAUGUUUGUGUUCUGAUUGGACAAGUUCAUUGGUGAUUUUUGUGGUUUUACCCUACAAAGCCAUAAAUUAGUUUAAUCCUCAUUCUUAUUUAACACAGAAAUAUUACUUAAUAUUUUAAAAUGUUCAAGGCACAAGCCUAAUCUUUGGUUUUAGUAUGACAGUCCUUUAUAGUUUUUCUUUUAUAUUUUUUUAAUUGUUUUGAAGUUUUGUAACUUGUGUGCAAUAAGAACCUGAUUGUUUCAAAUUCAGUCUUUGUGCACUGAUUGAAAAAAAAACACAUAGCCUUUGGAUACAAACACUGUUGUCUCUGAAGAAUAUCAACCAGCAUUCUGUUGGUUUUUUUCAUCAGAUUACUGGGGACAUUUCUGUGGGUUACUUUGAAGAGUUAUAGCCGUUCAUAAAACAGUACUAUGGGAUUCUCUUGGUAUUAUUUAAUGGACAUUUGUUUGUUCAUGUUUCUAGUUGGCAUUAUUUUUACUGUUAUGUUUGAUGGGAAAAAAAUAUUAUUUUUGAAUAUUUAUAUGGAAUUUUAAUUUUAAACCUUACUGCACAUUCAGAUAUUUCCGUAUUUGAACUGAACAUAAAGGGCUCUUACAGUUUAGUUUUUCUUUCC